AUGGAAGGAGAUAAGGAUGAGGAUGAGAGGAUGGUGACAGAGAAACUUAAAGAAAGGAGGGUAAAUGGUGCCAGGGACAAAAUUAUCCUUGGCACUGACCUUGGUGUGUUGAAACUGGAUUUUCCGGUUUUGGCUAGAUGGGGUACAGCUACAGACAGAAGUGACUUUAAGUAGCAGGUAAAGGAGAACUAACGCAGCAGGUUAAGAUAAUUAAUGUUGCAGGAUAGGAUAAUUAGUUUAAGGUUAGGAAAAGCGUUAGGGUUAGCUUAAAUUCUACAGUUGUCCCUGACGUGAUUCAAACAUGCAACUUUUGGUCCAUAGCUGUAUUCCAUCUAACCACAACCCUGAAUUCCCCCUCUCACUUGUUGUUUCUUGCCUCUAUGACAUCACCAUUGAACACCUCGCAACGUAUCCCUGCUGGGAGUUGUGCUACUCACUACCAAGAUGACAGAGUAACAUAAACUCAGAUGUGGACGUGCACCCUGAGCUAUCUGAAGACUGGCCAAUGGCUCCACUGGACCUUUCCAAUUUGUGUAUUCAGAUGCAAUUGCAUAAUUCAUUGGUCUAUACAGCCACAUAGUCUGUCAUAUAGCCAGUCAUGCUGCAGUCUUGAGAGAAUGAGUUGAUCUAGCUAUACUGUAUGUCGUUUGAAAAUACAAGUCAUCAGGAUUGAUGUCCACUACUAAUAUGACAUUAUGGAAUUGAUUCAGAUCGGGGUUCAAAUCGGGGUUCAAAUAGUAUUCACUUUUCUUCCAAAUUAUUUAGCUGUGCUUGAUCGAGCUUGCCUGGCGCAUUGGAAUCAAUGGAAUAGUCCCAAAAGUGCAAACUUCGCCCAUUUGGCACUCCGUGGCAGGAUCAUUUAAACACUUAAGCGUUUGAAUGAAAACAAAUACUAUUUGCACCCUGGUCUUAAUUUCUAUAGGAAAGCUGGCUGUCAAACAGUUACAAUAUGAUAACUGACAAAGAGACCGCUUUAGGCUGGUAGGGUUCAGUUGGAGAGCACUGUGUGUAACACAUCAGUACCAUCACUCUUGUGAUGUGGUGAUGACAUUAAGGAAGAGGUCGUAGGCUAGGCUUGAGGGCCUCGAUCAGUGCGAUGAUGAUCUCUCUCACACACACACCAUCUCUGUGCGUACAGUAAAUACAGUGCCUUGCAAGAGUAUUCAUCCCCUUUGGCGUUUUUCCUAUUUUGUUUCAUUACAACCUGUAAUUUAAAUUGAUUCUUAUUUGGAUUUCAUGUAAUGGACAUACACAAAAUAGUCCAAAUUGGUGAAGUGAAAUGAAAAAAAUAACUUGUUUCAAAGAAUUCAAAAAAAUUUAUAACAGAAAAGUGGUGCGUGCAUAUUUGCUAUGAAGCCCCUAAAUAAGGUCUGGUGCUACCAAUUACCUUCAGAAGUCACAUAAUUAGUUAAAUAAAGUCCACCUGUGUGCAAUCUAAGUGUCACAUGAUCUGUCACAUGAUCUCAGUAUAUAUACACCUGUUCUGAAAGGCUCCAGUCUUCCCCAGUCUGCAACACCACUAAGCAAGGGGCACCACCAAGCAAGCGGCACCAUGAAGAUCAAGGAGCUCUCCAAACAGGUCAGGGACAACGUUGUGGAGAAGUACAGAUCAGGGUUGGGUUAUAAAAAAAUAUCUGAAACUUUGAACAUCCCACGGAGCACCAUUAAAUACAUUAUUAAAAAAUGGAAAGAAUAUGGCACCAAAACAAUCCUGCCAAGAGAGGGCCACCCACCAAAACUCACGGACCAGGCAAGGAGGGCAUUAAUCAGAGAGGCAACAAAGAGACCAAAGAUAACCCUGAAGGAGCUGCAAAGCUCCACAGCGGAGAUUGGAGUAUCUGUCCGUAGGAUUACUUUAAGCCAUACACUCCACAGAGCUGGGCUUUACGGAAGAGUGGCCAGAAAAAAGCCAUUGCUUAAAGGAAAAAAAUAAGCAAACACGAUUGGAGGUGUUCUGGUCUGAUGAGACUAAAAUUGAGCUUUUUGGCCAUCAAGGAAAACGCUAUGUCUGGCGCAAACCCAACACCUCUCAUCACCCCGAGAACACCAUCCCCACAGUGAAACAUGGUGGUGGCAGCAUCAUGCUGGGGGGAUGUUUUUCAUCAGCAGGGACUGGGAAACUGGUCAGAAUUGAAGGAAUGAUGGAUGGCGCUAAAUACAGGGAAAUUCUUGAGGGAAACCUGUUUCAGUCUUCUAGAGAUUUGAGACUGGGACGGAGGUUCACCUUCCAGCAGGACAAUGACCCUAAGCAUACUGCUAAAGCAACACUCGAGUGGUUUAAGGGGAAACAUUUAAAUGUCUUGGAAUGGCCUAGUCAAAGCCCAGACCUCAAUCCAAUUGAGAAUCUGUGGUAUGACUUAAAGAUUGCUGUACACCAGCAGAACCCAUCCAACUUGAAGGAGCUGGAGCAGUUUUGCCUUGAAGAAUGGGCAAAAAAUCCCAGUGGCUAGAUGUGCCAAGCUUAUAGAGACAUACCCCAAGAGACUUGCAGCUGUAAAUGCUGCAAAAGGUGGCUCUACAAAGUAUUGACUUUUGGGGGGUGAAUAGUUAUGCACGCUCAAGUUUUCAGUUUUUUUGUCUUAUUUGUUGUUUGUUCCACAAGACAAAAAAAUGUGCAUCUUCAAAGUGGUAGGCAUGUUGUGUAGAUCAAAUGAUACAAACCCCCCCAAAAUUAAUGCUUAAUUCCAGGUUGUAAGGCAACAAAAUAGGAAAAAUGCCAAGGGGGGUGAAUACUUUCGCAAUCCACUGUAGAUGUAUACACUCGCCCAGAGCAGCAGGCACAGCGCCAGGAGAUACUUAGCAAGGUGGUAAUAGUUUGAGCAGGUGGACUGUGUGUCUAAACUAAGUGGCUGGUGCCGUGGGACUCCCUGAUUGGCCCUCAGGGCGAGCUAAUCUCCCUGCAGCCCCUGGGCCUGGCAGGAAGUGGCUGGGGAUCUGAACUGCCGUGGCCAGAAAAAGAAACUCCAGCGGCUUACAGGCUAGAGGGGCAAAGGCUGGAGGGAUGGAGGAGAGGAGGGCUGGGAGAGGGGAGGGGAAAGUGCGUCACCUCGUUACCGAGACCUUUGAUUAGUUUAAUGGAUGAGCUAAGCUAGAGCCAGGGACCAGGAUAGAGGGAGAUGGAGAAGAGGGGGAGGAGGGAGGAGGAGAAUACAAGGGAAGAGAGAAAGAGACGAUUGGGGAUUCUCUUUUUGAAAUGUGCAGUUUUUUUUCUAUGAUGAUGAAGAAGGAAUUUGUGGAUUGUGAUAGUUCUGGGUGCUAUGAAGUUCUUAAAAGACAUACUGUAGAAGCACUAAUGUGAUGACAGUAUAACCAACUUCUCAUGCUUCUAUUUGACCUCACAUGUCAGUGUCUUUAUUUUCCAAAGCUACAGCCAGAGAGCAGAAUAAGAGUCAGUCUCAAGUGACAACCUAUCCCCUAUAUAGUACACUACUUUUGACCAGAGCCCUAUGGGCUCUAGUCAAAAGUAGUGCACUAGGGGAUAGGGUGCCAUUUGGGAUGGAGACUUAGUCCCGUUACAGUAGAGUGACUUUCCUGUCUGGAAUGUGAAACCCCACUGUGACUUAUUGGAGAGCAGCCAACUCUCUCUCUCUGUGUGUGUGUGUGUGUGUGUGUGUGUGUGUGUGUGUGUGUGUGUGUGUGUGUGUGUGUGUGUGUGUGUGUGUGUGUGUGUGUGUGUGUGUGUGUGUGUGUGUGUGUGUGUGUGUGUGUGUGUGUGUGUGUGUGGUGUGUGUGUGUGUGCGUGUGUGUCUGUCUGUGUGGAGGAAUCCAAUUGAUUAUGUUAACAGCAGAAUGGCAGUUUGACAUGACCAGAUUGAAACGCCCUCAAUUAUGAGGCAAACAUAUUUACUGUUAUGGCCUUCAUAUGAGGACAAAAUACAUCUGAUAGCAUGAGCCCUCAGUCAUAACGCUACACAAUGGCAAGCAUAGCGGGAUGAACCAUCAGUGGUUUUAACAAUUAUUUACUAAGAAGUCUGAGUUUCUGAGUAAUGACUAAAGCCUUGGCUAUAUUGAGGACGUGGUGAUUCUUCAACCCAUGACUAGUGUUCAGGAAGUUGUAUGAUUCAACUGUGAUGUUAAAUCACACAUAGAGCCUCAAGGAGUAUUCAAGAUGGCCGUGUCCCUACUGGUUCCUGGCUGGUGAUGUUAUUAGCUCAUGCACACUUUGAACUGUAUGACGAUUCCAGAUGACAAAUGCUACUUACUUAGUGGUACUUAUACAGCUUACCAUAACCUGACCCCUACUUUCCUCUCUCUCUCUGUCUCUCCUUCUCUCUCUCCCUCUCUCUCUCUUCCUUACCAUCCCAUCCUCUCUUUCUCUCUCUGACUCUCUCCUCCUCUAUUUUCCUUUCUUCCUAUCAUUCCCUCCCCUCUCUCCUUCUUUCCAUCCUCUUCCCCCUCACCGCGCUCUCUCCCCCCUUCCUUCCCUCCCCCUCUCUCCCUCCUCUCCCCCCUCUCUCUUUCAAGGUGCAAUACAUCCUACAGUCCAGUCACCAGGAGGAGGGUGUAGAGCUCAGGAACCUCCUCACCACCCCCCACUUCCAGGUAAGAGAUCUGGGAUGCACCAGAACUCAACCCAUAACCUUCAAACAACGUUUAGAAAAACAUAAUAAUAACCUCUAAUAACAUUUAGAAAACAUUAUUUGAUUUGCAGGGUGUCCAUGGCCCACACACUGUCAGUGUUCCUGAGCUGGCCACCUAAGAGGUACUAUGGAUCAAAUCGCAAUUUCGAAUUUGUCACUCAGAUAUCUGUGAAUAUGCUCCAUAGGUUCCAUAUAUGUCUAUGCGAAACUCUGAGUCAUCCUCAUGUGUCCGACUGUAUCAAAUCCUGACUUCAACCUGAGAGGAGCUAAGGAAAGUCACUUAUCAGUGGGUUUUAAGUGGCUUGGCCCUGUAAGGGCCUUGCACUUUGCUCUGUGUCUUGACUAAAGGGCAUGGGAAUCAUCCCUAACUCUAUAGAGCACCCUAUCAUAGGCCUUUUCUCAAUUGGAUUUGCUUGUGUGUCCUCUCUCCUCAGUCCUCUCUCGCCUCCUUUUGAAAAAGGUCAAAGGUAAUCGAGGAGAGGCGGCGAGGAGAGGGAACGUGGAUGAAAAAUAUCCUUGUAUGAAAUGAGACUCCUCCAUUAGGCAAAUUACAUUUAUAGUGGUGGAUGCCAAAUUAAAUGUACAAAGUGAUAAAAACAAAAUAUAGAUAAAACGAUAAGGAGCAUAUUGUUUUUAGACGUCUGCUGCUUCAAAGGGGGGGUGGCGGAUUUACAAACUUCAGUGAAUGACUCAGGUAGGAUACACAUGACUAUCCUCGAUGAAAGGUGGCUAUCGCGUAUGGGAGGACACUUCCAUUUGCCUACUAACGAAUUGGCACAGUUUUCAAAUCAAAUCAAAUGUUAUUGGCCACAUGCGCCGAAUACAACAGGUGUAGACAUUACAGUGAAAUGCUUACUUACAGCCCUUAUCCAACAAUGCAUUAAUUUUUUUAUAAAAAAAAGUGAAAUAAAACAACAACAAAAAAGUGUUGGAAAAAUAAAAUAACAGUAGGGAGGCUAUAUACAGGGGGGUACCAGUGCAGAGUCAAUGUGCGGGGGCACCGGCUAGUUGAGGUAGUUGAGGUAAUAUGUACAUGUGGGUAGAGUUAAUGUGACUAUGCAUAAAUCAUUAACAGAGUAGCAGCAGCGUAAAAAUAUGUGGUGGGGGUGGGGGUUGUAGUGCAAAUAGUUCAGGUAGCCAUGAUUAGCUGUUCAGGAGUCUUAUGGCUUGGGGGUAGAAGCUGUUGAGAAGUCUUUUGGACCUAGACUUGGCACUCCGGUACCGCUUGCCGUGCGGUAGCAGAGAGAACAGUCUAUGACUAGGGUUGCUGGAGUCUUUGACAAUUUUGAGGGCCUUCCUUUUCAGAUCACAGAUGAGAGAGGACGGAGGAGAGAGGGUGGAGAAUGGACUUUUGCCCAAAUGAGAAAAGGCCAUAGUAUAGGUGAUAUUACAGGGCAUCAUGGGUUUUGGAGUUUGGAAGGUUAACAUGAUACAUACAGUUAGGAUGAUACUUACAGUGUAUGCAUCUCAGACACUGAAAUCUCUUCUUUGGGUUUAUAGCCGAGCAUGUCAUCGACAAAUCCUUAGCUCUACAGAGUAGCCUAAGAGUUGCCCUUUGACACUUGACCCAAGCUUCUUUGCUGGUCAGUGUCCAGCCCAAUGGCAUGCCCAUAUGCGUGCCACACAGGUACAGAGAGGUCACUCAGUAUAGAUGGCUUACCGCUGACGUUUACUUGAUUGACCCCAGGGCUACGUGCCAGCCUGGUGUUGGCACCGCUGAGAUAAUGUGCUCUCUAAAGCCUGUCGCAUGCUUCCCAGUCAAAACAGUUUGCACAUAUAUUAUGACUACAUUUUGUGACGUUUUGUCCAUUUUGGUGUUCGGCAGGGUUUUGUUUGUCUGUGCGCGCACACUAAAUGUUUUCUUGGGGCAGGUCAAAGUUUGGUAACCGAAGUCUACACCCCUUCGUCGGUGAUAGGUCAACAGUACUACAUCUAGUAGCGAUGGGAACUAUGGACGGGAUUCUUCAAUAAAGUGUUUGUUGUCAUUCAACGAGAGACAACUAGUUUUUAUACACAUUUUUUCACUUGAGAAAUACUGCACCAAACAUCUUAGUUAAUGUAAAAUUGCGUGACUAAGCCCUCCUCUUCCAAAAUGUACAAAUGUAUUACAAAUGCCUUGAUUUAUCUUUGAUUUAUUCUGACUAUUUUGAGGAAGUGGCUAUGUUGCUGCUACAGCGUCUCAAGAGGGACAAACAGUAAUAUUGCCGCUUUUUUCUAGUUUUUAAGGGAGUGUGCAAGGACCAUACGUUCGCUUCGCCUAGCCGAGUUCUGCUAGGAGCAAACCGAACAUUCUUCUUUUUGUUCUCUGGUAUUAUGGCGGCCUGCAAAUAAACGUUAAAGGUGCAUUUACUAACAGUAAAUCCAAAUUAAGCACUUCUUUUAAAACGGUAAACAAACAUCAAUGUUAACAAAAGUAUACAUAAAUUAAACAAAAGGUUUUUCAGUACAUACAAGAACACCUACUGUACGGGAGGCCACCCCUUUGCGAGAAAUGUGAAAAACCCAACAUCAUAUACAAUACAAAAAUAAAAUGAAUCGAAGAAAAAAAACAUUCCCCCCCCCUUCAGUCAUAGUGUAAAUCACAUCCCUAUACAGGCGCAGGGGCCUGUGAGGAUGGAACAUUCGUCAACAGGAUUCCUUGUAAUGCCUGGGCUGUAAAAUCCCUGAGUCCCAAAAAACUUUCAGCCGCACUCACAACGAUGCCUAUUUCCUCCGAUUUCCUCUUUGUUUGCACUGUGCAGUUUAUAACCAAUGCAAUAUAACCUAUGCAAAGUCCACCCUUUAACAUGCAACAUGUCAGGAUCCUGUUGGCGAGUAACAUUUACUGGUGUCUCUGAUCCAACUACCAUGGUUUCUUCAACGUUACUCCCUUCUUCCACUCUUCUCACCACCUCCGGAUAGGAGACAUGCUGGACAGCCCUUACUCUUGCCACCUCGGUCUCCUUCAGGGCACUUCAUGAAUUCAGGGCGCAUGCUCGUCACCACAUUUGCAGCAUUUCGCCUCAACUGGAAUACGAUACACCUCCCGCCUACAUACACUUGACACAUCCAAAUACUUUACAUUUAUCACACUGCAAGGGUUUUGGCACGAAGGCUCUUACAUGGUAUCUCACUUAACCCAAAUAUACACUGAGUGUACAAAACAUUAAGGACACCUUCCUAAUAUUGAGUUGCACCCCCCCCCCCCUCCCCCCUCCCUCCUUUUGCCCUCAGAACAGCCUCAAUUCGUCUGGCAUGGACUCUACAAGGUGUCGAAUGCUGUCCCAUGUUGACUCCAAUGCUUCCCACAGUUGUGUCAAGUUGGCUGGAUGUCGUUUGGGUGGUGGACCAUUCUUGAUACAGACGGGAAACUGUUGAGUGUGAAAAACCCAGCAGCGUUGCAGUUCUUGACACAAACCGGUGCACCUGGCAUCUACUACCCUACCCUGUUCAAAUGCACUUUAAUCUUUUGUCUAGCCCAUUCACCCUCUGAAUGGCACACAUACACAAUCCAUGUCCCAAUUCUCUCAAGGCUUAAAAAUAUUUAUUUUACCUGUCUCCUUACCUUCAUCUACACUGAUUGAAGUGACAUCAGUAAGGGAUCACCUGGCUUUCACCUGGAUUCACCUGGUCAGUCUACAGUGAGGGAAAAAAGUAUUUGAUCCCCUGCUGAUUUUGUACGUUUGCCCACUGACAAAGAAAUUAUCAGUCUAUAAUUUUAAUGGUAGGUUUAUUUGAACAGUGAGAGACAGAAUAACAACAAAGAAAUCCAGAAAAACGCAUGUCAAAAAUGUUAUAAAUGGAUUUGCAUUUUAAUGAGGGAAAUAAGUAUUUGACCCCCUCUCAAUCAGAAAGAUUUCUGGCUCCCAGGUGUCUUAUAUACAGGUAAUGAGCUGAGAUUAGGAGCACACUCUUAAAGGGAGUGCUCCUAAUCUCAGCUUGUUACCUGUAUAAAAGACACCUGUCCACAGAAGCAAUCAUUCAAUCAGAUUCCAAACUCUCCACCAUGGCCAAGACCAAAGAGCUCUCCAAGGAUGUCAGGGACAAGAUUGUAGACCUACACAAGGCUGGAAUGGGCUACAAGACCAUCGCCAAGCAGCUUGGUGAGAAGGUGACAACAGUUGGUGCGAUUAUUCGCAAAUGGAAGAAACACAAAAGACCUGUCAAUCUCACUCGACCUGGGGCUCCAUGCAAGAUCUCACCUUGUGGAGUUGCAAUGAUCAUGAGAACGGUGAGGAAUCAGCCCAGAACUACACGGGAGGAUCUUGUCAAUGAUCUCAAGGCAGCUGGGACCAUAGUCACCAAGAAAACAAUUGGUAACACACUACGCCGUGAAGGACUGAAAUCCUGCAGCGCCCGCAAGGUCCCCCUGCUCAAGAAAGCACAUAUACAGGCCCGUCUGAAGUUUGCCAAUGAACAUCUGAAUGAUUCAGAGCUGAACUGGGUGAAAGUGCUGUGGUCAGAUGAGACCAAAAUCGAGCUCUUUGGCAUCAACUCAACUCGCCGUAUUUGGAGGAGGAGGAAUGCUGCCUAUGACCCCAAGAACACCAUCCCCACUGUCAAACAUGGAGGUGGAAACAUUAUGCUUUGGGGGUGAUUUUUCUGCUAAGGGGACAGGACAACUUCACCGCAUCAAAGGGACGAUGGACGGGGCCAUGUACCGUCAAAUCUUGGGUGGAACCUCCUUCCCUCAGCCAGGGCAUUGAAAAUGAGUCGUGGAUGGGUAUUCCAGCAUGACAAUGACCCAAAACACACGGCCAAGGCAACAAAGGAGUGGCUCAAGAAGAAGCACAUUAAGGUCCUGGAGUGGCCUAGCCAGUCUCCAGACCUUAAUCCCAUAGAAAAUCUGUGGAGGGAGCUGAAGAUUCGAGUUGCCAUACGUCAGCCUCGAAAACCUUAAUGACUUGGAGAAGAUCUGCAAAGAGGAGUGGAACAAAAUCCCUCCUGAGAUGUGUGCAAACCUGGUGGCCAACUACAAGAAACGUCUGACCUCUGCGAUUGCCAACAAGGGUUUUGCCACCAAGUACGAAGUUAUGUUUUGCAGAGGGGUCAAAUACUUAUUUCCCUCAUUAAAAUGCAAAUCAAUUUAUAACAUUUUUGACAUGCGUUUUUCUGGAUUUUUUUGUUGUUAUUCUGUCUCUCACUGUUCAAAUAAACCUACCAUUAAAAUUAUAGACUGAUCAUGUCUUUGUCAGUGGGAAAACGUACAAAAUCAGCAGGGGAUCAAAUACUUUUUUCCCUCACUGUAUGUCAUGGAAAGAGCAGGUGUCCUUAAUGUUUUGUACACUCAGUGUACAUGCGAAGGGAGAGACUCUUCUUCAAAUAACAAAAUAGUAAGGGUCAGUCGGCGUGCACCAACCACUGCAUCUAUACUGAAAAAAUAUAUAAACUCAUCAUUCAACAAUUUCAUUGAUUUUACUGAGGUACAGUUCAUAUGAGGAAAUCAGUCAACCGAAACAAAUUAAUUAGGCCUUCAUCUAUGGAUUUCACAUGACUGGGAAUACAGAUAUGCCUCUGUUGGUCAUAGAUACUUUAAAAAGAAAUGGGCCUCACAAUGGGCCUCAGGAUGUCAUCACAGUAUUUUUGUGCAUUCAAAUUUCCACGGAUAAAAUGCAAUUGUGUUCGUUGUCCGUAGCUUAUGCCUGCCCACACCAUAACCCCACCACCACGGGGCACUCUGUUCACGACGUUGACAUCAGCAAACUGCUCCAUACACGUGGACUGUGGUUGUGAGGCCGGUUGGACAUACUGCCAAAUUCUCCAAAACGACGUUGGAGGCGGCUUAUGGUAUAGAAAUGAUCUGGCAACAGCUCUGGUGGACAUUCCUGCAGUCAGCAUGCCAUUUGCAUGCUCCAUCAAAACUUUAGACAUCUGUUUUAGAGUGGCCUUUUCUGGGAUCUUAUUUCAGCUCAUGAAACAUGGGACCAACACUUUACAUGUUGCGUUUAUAUUUUUGUUCAGUGUACUUCUUCAGUUACAUCCUUUUGCAUUCACUUCUAGCGCCACUCCAGAGAUAACACCCUGGAUAGGCUCCCUGCUUUGCAGUUCCACACACACAACACAUUCCAAUCCAAUAUCAAAUCAAAUGUAUUUAUAAAGCCAUUUUAACAUCAACAGAUGUCACAAAGAGCUUAUACAGAACCCAGCCUAAAACCCCAAAGAGCAACCAAUGCAGAUGUAGAAGCACGGUGGCCAGGAAAAACUCCCUAGAAAGGCAGGAACAUAGGAAGAAACCUAGAGAGGAACCAGGCUCUGAGGGGUGGCCAGUCCUCUUCUGGCUGUGCUGGGGGGAGAUUUUAAGAGUACUUGGCCAUUAAGGCCUGAUCGUUCUUCAAGAUGUUCAAACGUUCAUAGAUGACCAGCAUGGUCAAAUAAUAAUCACAGUGGUUGUAGAGGGUGCAACAGGUCAGCACCUCAGGAGUAAAUGUCAGUUGGCUUUUCAUAGCCAAGCAUUCAGAGGUCAAGACAGCAGGUGCGGUGGAGAGAGGGAGAGGUGAACAAGAUGGGACCGAUGGUGUUAUCGGACACACAAAAAACAAAAAUAAGCCCACUUCUUGUUAUCCUCACUGACGCAACCUCAUCCAACGCAUCUAUGAUUCUCAUCAAGGCGUCAAACGGAUCUCCCAGAUAACGCCAUUGGUCCAAAACCCUCACUCCAGCAAAACAAAAAAGAGUCAGAACAAGGCUUGGUUUUACUAGGUUCCACCACCACUUUACUCAUCAGUUUCAAACAAAACAUCCGCCUCCGACAUCUUCCUGCUGCUUCAUCUUUUGAUGUCAAGCUUACAAUCUCAUGCCAUUCGCAAAGCGAACCUAUUAUGUGGGCGCGUUAAUAAGCUCCAGCUGAACACCAUUCCCUUAACGCGGGUGUGGCCGCCCUCUACUUGACUGCCUAAAGACUUUAAAGGCCCAGUGUGGUCAAAGACUUGAUUCUCCUGUGUUUUAUAUAUAUUUCCACACUAUGAGGUUGGAAUAAUACUGUGAAAUUGUGAAAUGAUGAUAAUGCCCUUUUAGUGUAAGAGCUGUUUGAAAAGACUGCCUGAUAUUUCAGCCUGUUUUGGUGGGAUGGAGGCGGUAUAAGUUAAUUUACCAAUAACAAAGAGUGUUUCAAACCUCUCUACCAAUAAUAGCUAGUAUUCAGGUUACAUACAGUGGGGGAAAAAAGUAUUUAGUCAGCCACCAAUUGUGCAAGUUCUCCCACUUAAAAAGAUGAGUGAGGCCUGUAAUUUUCAUCAUAGGUACACGUCAACUAUGACAGACAAAAUGAGGAAAAAAAAUCCAGAAAAUCACAUUGUAGGAUUUUUUAUGAAUUUAUUUGCAAAUUAUGGUGGAAAAUAAGUAUUUGGUCAAUAACAAAAGUUUCUCAAUACUUUGUUAUAUACCCUUUGUUGGCAAUGACACAGGUCAAACGUUUUCUGUAAGUCUUCACAAGGUUGUCACACACUGUUGCUGGUAUUUUGGCCCAUUCCUCCAUGCAGAUCUCCUCUAGAGCAGUGAUGUUUUGGGGCUGUCGCUGGGCAACACAGACUUUCAACUCCCUCCAAAGAUUUUCUAUGGGGUUGAGAUCUGGAGACUGGCUAGGCCACUCCAGGACCUUGAAAUGCUUCUUACGAAGCCACUCCUUCGUUGCCCGGGCGGUGUGUUUGGGAUCAUUGUCAUGCUGAAAGACCCAGCCACGUUUCAUCUUCAAUGCCCUUGCUGACGGAAGGAGGUUUUCACUCAAAAUCUCACGAUACAUGGCCCCAUUAAUUCUUUCCUUUACACGGAUCAGUCGUCCUGGUCCCUUUGCAGAAAAACAGCCCCAAAGCAUGAUGGUUCCACCCCCAUGCUUCACAGUAGGUAUGGUGUUCUUUGGAUGCAACUCAGCAUUCUUUGUCCUCCAAACACGACGAGUUGAGUUUUACCAAAAAGUUCUAUUUUGGUUUCAUAUGACAUUCUCCCAAUCCUCUUCUGGAUCAUCCAAAUGCACUCUAGCAAACUUCAGACAGGCCUGGACAUGUACUGUCUUAAGCUGGGGGACACGUCUUGCACUGCAGGAUUUGAGUCCCUGGCGGCGUAGUGUGUUACUGAUGGUAGGCUUUGUUACUUUGGUCCCAGCUCUCUGCAGGUCAUUCACUAGGUCCCCCCGUGUGGUUCUGGGAUUUUUGCUCACCAUUCUUGUGAUCAUUUUGACCCCACGGGGUGAGAUCUUGCGUGGAGCCCCAGAUCGAGGGAGAUUAUCAGUGGUCUUGUAUGUCUUCCAUUUCCUAAUAAUUGCUCCCACAGUUGAUUUCUUCAAACCAAGCUGCUUACCUAUUGCAGAUUCAGUCUUCCCAGCCUGGUGCAGGUCUACAAUUUUGUUUCUGGUGUCCUUUGACAGCUCUUUGGUCUUCGCCAUAGUGGAGUUUGGAGUGUGACUGUUUGAGGUUGUGAACAGGUGUCUUUUAUACUGAUAACAAGUUCAAACAGGUGCCAUUAAUACAGGUAACAAGUGGAGGACAGAGGAGCCUCUUAAAGAAGAAGUUACAGGUCUGUGAGAGCCAGAAAUCUUGCUUGUUUGUAGGUGACCAAAUACUUAUUUUCCACCAUAAUUUGCAAAUAAAUUCAUUAAAAAUCCUACAAUGUGAUUUUCUGGAAUUUUUUUUCUCAAUUUGUCUGUCAUAGUUGACGUGUACCUAUGAUGAAAAUUACAGGCCUCACUCAUCUUUUUAAGUGGGAGAACUUGCACAAUUGGUGGCUGACUAAAUACUUUUUUUCCCCACUGUAUCCCUCCCAUUAGGCCCCUCACUCAGACCACUCCUAGCUAAAUUCUUGCUUGAGAAAUUGCUCUUUGCUAAGAAGCUAUUUUUCUUUAUUUUUGACCAUUUUAAUUGUAAACAAUCACAUUAAGGUACUUAAUUGUUACCCAGAAAUGAUUUGAUGUUGAGAUAAAAAUGGCAGCAUUGGACCUUUAAGGUGUGCAGCUCUCACUCUGCUGGGGAGAGAACACGUGAGCAGUAUGGCUUGGACCUUUAUGUUUGCUGCGUUUAAGCUUUAGGCUAGCUCUGUUGACUUAAUGCUUUUGAUUUCUAAGUUUAGUCUGAACCUUGUAAAGCUCUGGAAGAACCAGGCUUUCAUUUGCCUCUACACUGAACAAACAUAUAAAUGCAACAUGCAACAAUAUUUGUGAUUUUACUGAGUUACAGUUCAUAUAAGGAAAUCAGUCAAUUGAAAUAAUUUCAUUAGGCCCUAAUCUAUGGAUUUCACAUGACUGGAAAUAUAGAUACCUUUUUUUUUUUUAAGGUAAGGGUGUGGAACAGAAAACCAGUCAGUACCUGGUGUGACCACCAUUUGCCUCAUGCAGAGCGACACAUCUCCUUCGCAUAGAGUUGAUCAGGCUGUUGAUUGUGGCCCGUGAAAUGUCCCACUCCUCUUCAAUGGCUGUGCGAAGUUGCUGGAUAAUAGUGGGAACUAGAACAUGCUGUCGUACACAUCGAUCCAGAGCAUCCCAAACUUGCUCAAUGGGGGACAUGUCUGUUGAGUAUGCAGGCCAUGGAAGAACUGGGACAUUUUCAGCUUCCAGGAAUUUUGUACAGAUCCUUGCAACAUGGGGCCAUGCAUUAUUAUGCUGAAAUAUGAGGGGAUGGCGGCGGAUGAAUGGCACGACAGUGGGCCUCAGGAUCUCCUCACGGUAUCUCUGUGCAUUCAAAUUGCCAUCGAUAAAAUGCAAUUAUGUUUGUUGUCCGUAGCUUAUGUCUGCCCAUACCAUAACACCACCGCCACCAUUGGGGCACUCUGUUCACAAAGUUGACAUCAGUAAACCGCUCGCCCACACAAUGCCAUACACACUGAAAUCUGCCGGUACAGUUGAAACCGGGAUUCAUCCGUCAGGAGCACACUUAUCCAGCAUGCCAGUGGCCAUCGAAGGUGAGCAUUUGCCCACUGAAGUCGGUUACGAUGCAGUACUGCAGUCAGGUCAAGACGCUGGUGAGGAUGACGAGCAUGCAGAUGAGCUUCCCUGACACGGUUUCUGACAGUUUGUGCAGAAAUUAUUUGGUUGUGCAAACCCACAGUUUCAUCAGCUGUCCGGGUGGCUGGUCUCAGACGAUCCCACAGGUGAAGAAGCUGGAUGUGGAGGUCCUAGGCUGGCGUGGUUACACGUGAUCUGCGGUUGUGAGGCCGGUUGGACGUACUGCCAAAUUAUCCAAAACAACGUUGGAGGCGGCUUAUGGUAUAGAAAUGAUCUUGCAACAGCUCUGGUGGACAUUCCUGCAGUCUGCAUGCCAAUUGCACUCUCCCUCAAAACUUGAGACAUCUGUGGCAUGGUGUUGUGACAAAGCUGCACAUGGUGGCCUUUUAUUGUCCCCAGCACAAGGUGCACCUGUAUAAUGAUCAUGCUGUUGAAUCAGCUUCUUGAUAUGCCACACCUGUCAGGUGGGUGGAUUAUCUUGGCAAAGGAGAAAUGCUCACUAACUGGGAUAUGUAAACACAUUUGUGCACAACAUUUUAGAGAAAUAAGCUUUUUGUGUGUAUGGAACAUUUCUGGGAUAUUUUCUUCAGCUCAUUAAACACUUUACAUGUUGCAUUUUAGAUUUUGUUCAGUAUAAAUAAAAGCCUCUUUGUUUGCACCACACUCCUGUCUCCUGUGCCUUUACCUUUGAGUCAUUGCCUAUGCCCGACCCCCAGACAGUGUUAAAACCCUUGCACUGUCACAGGACACAAAGGGAUGCACAUUUUUUGUUUUUGCCCUAGCACUACACAGCUGAUUAAAAUGAUCAACUCAUCAUCAAGCUUUAAUGAUUUGAUUCAGGUGUGUAGUGCGAAGGCAGAAACAAAACAGUCCACCACUUUGGGUCCCCAGGACCAGGAUGACAAAACACUGCUCUAGAACAGAGAGGAAGAGGCGAAGCGAGAGGGAUAAUUGGGCCCAAAAUCUGUCUUCUCCAGCAGGUGGCAUAUUUUCAAGGGGGUUUUUGCAUGGAGGUCAAUGAGAGUGUCAAAUAUUGUUAAUAAAAACUUGAAUGGCUUAUUUGCUAUGUGUGGCUUACUGAUCUAAUAGAAGUUUCGUAAUGCUUAUUUUGUUACAAGUGUACUGAUAUAAGUAGGACAUGUGACAUCCCGGCAAGUUUGAGAAAAAACACUUUAUAUCAGACUUGUGCCUGGUUGUCACUAGUUACCACAGCCACAAAGUCAUAAACCCCACCUAUUUCUACAAUUUCUCCUCUUAAAAUGUGAUUCUAAAUCUAACCUUAACCACACUGCUAACCUUAUGCCUAACCCUAACUUUAAAUUAAAACCAAAAGCAAAUGUAUGUUUUUAUGAAUUUUUACGAUAUGACCAAUUUGACUUUGUGGCUGUGGUAACUAGUUGAAGCUGUUGUGCCUGUUGUUUGCACUGCACUCUGACUAGAAUGGUCCCACCUGAUCUUGCCUCAUCCUGACUGCCUUCCAUUUUUGAAAACAUUUAUUUUCAUUGUUAGAGCGGCCACUAGAGUAUCUGGUCAAUAUAAUGGGUAAUCUGUGCCUAGAAGGUGCAAUAAGUUGAAUAUAGGAGAGAGGACCUGGAGUGUAUUCAUUCUGCCGAUUCUGUUGCAAUACGUUUCUUAAACACACACACAGACACACAGAGGUAACCGCCUCCUGUAGCUCAGUUGGUAGAGCAUGGCGCUUGCAACGCCAGGGUUGUGGGUUCGAUUCCCAGGGGGGGCCAGUAUGAAAAAUGUAUGCACUCACUAACUGUAAGUCGCUCUGGAUAAGAGCGUCUGCUAAAUGACUUAAAAAACUGCCUUCCUCGUCUUCCUUCCUUUCCGGGGAAUGCCGAGAUCGAGGUGUUUUGAUGAUUGAUGGAGGCGAAUCCUGCCUCCUAAAUGCAGGGCAGAUUAAGAGGGAUUCUGUGUACGCUGGAAGCUUAGCCAGCCCUCCUUUCUGGCUCCUCAUGUCUCUCUGCUGCGGGAUAGAGACACUAAUUUGGCUCAACGGUUAUUAAUUGCGGAAUACGGAGCGCCUGUCACCUUAAAUGAAGUGAGGGAAUAAUCUUUGUAUUCUUUUUGGCUUAGAGGUGGAGACUGCUGACGGCUUGUGUUAAGGAGGGAAGGAGGGAGGGAGAGAGAGAGACAGGGUGGGCUUUGGGUAACAGGUGCAUGUUUAAGCAUGGAAUGGGAGCAGAGUUUAAGUUUCCCCCUUGACCUUUUACAGUAACUGGUGAAUAUGAAAGGAUAUGCAUGUGCAUACACUGUUUGUCAUGUAGUGGCUCAGGAUCAAGAAGCUCUAAUUCACCCAAGUCACUACUACAACAAUCUGAUUCAAACAAAAUCGCAUACACACACUUCCCAGUUUUCCACAGCACACACACUCCUUCUCAUCCAUGUGCCUGUGUGUGUUGUGUCCAUCCCAGGCUCUGAUGCAGGCCCAUGACAGUGUGGCAGAGCAGGAGUUGGAGCCGGACCCAGAAGAGAGAAUGAUUCAGUACCUGGGAGAGACCGUCAAACUGGUGCGGCUGGAGAAGGCCGGCGACAUGCCUCUGGUGAGCCCCCCACCCCCCACUCACCCCACUCACACACACACCCAUCUCUUCUGAUACUCCAAAACAUACGACAGGCUAUCCCUCACAAAUUACUUGUUACCGGUUGCUGAAUCCCCGAGCUGACUGGGAGGAAAUCUGCAUGAGUGAGCAUGCAGCUGGAAGGUUACCGGCUUCAAUAUCCUAUAUACUACAGUACAUGCCGCUGUUGUGCACUUGAUUAAGGCACCUUAAUUGCUCCAUGGGUGCUCCUGUGCUGCCUGUGCUGCUCCCUGCCUGUGAUGUGUGUUGUGUGUCAGGUUGGGUACUGGGACAGCAAAAUUAAUAUACAGUACCAGUCAAAAGUUUGGACACAACUAUUCAUUUAAGGGUUUUUCUUUAUUUUUACUAUUUUCUACCUUGUAGAAUAAUAGUGAAGUCAUCAAAUAUAUUAUAUAUUUUAGAUUCUUCAAAGUAGCCACCUUUUGCCUUGAUGACAGCUUUUCCCACUCUUGGCAUUCUCUCAACCAGCUUCACCUGGAAUACUUUUCCAACAAUCUUGAAGGAGUUCCCACAAAUAUGCUGAGCACUUGUUGGCUGCUUUUCCUUCACUCUGAGGUCCAACUCAUCACAAACCAUCUCAAUUGGUUAGGUCGGGUGAUUGUGGAGGUCAGGUCAUCUGAUGCAGCACUCCAUCACUCUCCUUCUUGGUAAAAUAGCCCUUACACAGCCUGGAGGUGUGUUGGGUCAUUGUCCUGUUGAAAAACAAAUGAUAGUCCCUCUAAGCCCAAACCAUGUGGGAUGGCAUAUUGCUGCAGAAUGCUGUGGUAGCCAUGCUGGUUAAGUGUGCCUUGAAUUCUAAAUAAAUCACCAACCAUGUCACCAGCAAAGCACCCCCACACCAUCACACCUCCUCCUCCAUACUUCACGGUGGGAACUACACAUGUGGAGAUCAUCUGUUCAUCUACACUGCAUCUCACAAAGACACAGCGGUUGGAACCAAAAAUCUCCAAUUAGGACUCCAGACCAAAGGACAGAUUUCCACCGGUCUAAUGUCCAUUGCUCUUGUUUCUUGGCCCAAGCAAGUCUCUUCUUCUUAUUGGUGUCCUUUAGUAGUGGUUUCUUUGCAGCAAUUUGACCAUGAAGGCCUGAUUCACGCAGUCUCCUCUGAACAGUUGAUGUUGAGAUGUGUCUGUUACUUGAACUCUGUGAGGCAUUUAUUUGGGCUGCAAUUUCUGAGGCUGGUAACUCUAAUGAACUCUAAUGAACUUAUCCUCUGUAGCAGACGUAACUCUGGGUCUUCCUUUCAUGUGGCGGUCCUCAUGAGAGCCAGUUCAUCAUAGCGCUUGAUGGUUUUUGCGACUGCACUUAAAGAAACGUUCUUUAAAUUUUCCGGAUUGACUGACCUUCAUGUCUUAAAGUAAUGAUGGACUGUCACUCACCACCUUCCGGAGACAUUUGAAACCCACCUCUUUAAGGAAUACCUGGGAUAGGAAUCCAAGUAAUACCUUCUAACCCCCCCCCCCCCCCCCCCAAAAAAAAAAAAAAAAAAAAAAAAAAAUGUCCUGUCAUGUAGAAAAUAGUAAAACAUUAAGAAAAACCCUUGAAUGAGUAGGGGUGUCCAAACUUUUGACUGGUACUGUAUAUAUAAGAAUAUCCGUGCAAAUAGACCAAUAAAGCAUGUAAUAUAUUGUAUUGUAUGUCCCUGAUGCAGACUUGUCUUUCUAGUGGGUCUUUGUGUCAUGUACAUGUAGGUGGUUUGUACUGAUAAGCAUGUCUGACCCAUGUCUGACUGGUAUUUGCCCAGGGCGCCACGGUUCGUAACGAGAUGGACAGCGUGGUGGUGAGUCGCGUGGUGAAGGGCGGGACAGCCGAACGGAGCGGUCUCCUGGCCGAGGGAGACGAGAUCCUGGAGAUCAACGGCGUGCCCGUCCGCGGGAAGAACGUCAACGAGGUCCACGACCUUCUGGUGAGGAACGGGUUAACAAGUCAGGAUCGCUCACAAUGGAUAUCACAUCUGUCAUAUUUCCAUUGACUUGUGUCAGUAUGGCACAUUGAUGCCAUCAGAUCUAAUGGAUAUAACAUUUUACAUAGCCCCCAUCAUCCCAUCUUACCUCAAGCCAUUCUUGAACCAGAAUAUGUGUUGAGGUCUGGUCCCUCAAGACUACAUUCUGUGAUAAUUACUUCAUUUCACUCAAGCUGAUUCCAUGUAGAUUCUACUCAGUAUGCGUUAUUGUGUUCUCCUCUCUCCUCAGAUGGAUAUGCAUGGCACUCUGACCUUCCUCCUUAUCCCCAGCUCACAGAACAAAACACCCUCACACAGGCAGACUGUGGUAAGGUUUCCUUCAGAGUGUGUGGGUGCACAACAUGUGUGUUCAAUUAUUCAAUUAUAAUCAGUUACUAAACUCUUUGGAGAGAUGAUGAUGAUGAUGAUGAUGGUGAUGACAACGACUACAAUGAUGAUGAUGAUGAUGUCACCCAUGUCUUCAGAUGCACGUGAGGGCCUAUUUUAACUACGACCCGUCUGAUGACCCGUACGUGCCAUGCAGGGAGCUGGGCCUGUCCUUCCAGAAGGGAGACAUCCUCCACAUCAUCAGCCAGGAUGACCCCAGCUGGUGGCAGGCCUACAGGGACGGGGAUGAGGACAACCAGCCCCUAGCCGGGCUAGUACCAGGUACACAACCCUAACUCCAACCCUAACUCUAACCCCAACCCCAACACUAACCCUAACCCUAACCUUAACCCUAACCCCAACCCCAACCCUAACCCCAGCUGGUGGCAGGCCUACAGGGACAAGGACAGGGAUGAGGCUUAUCAACCUCCUCCUUGGAGAACUAUAAACUAUGACAGUCUAUGGGUUAGUCAUAGUGCAGAGUUAGGCUACAUCAAUACUUUAAUUGAAAUGUUUCUGUCUCCGUUCUCAAUCUCCCAGGAAAGAGCUUCCAGCAGCAGAGAGAAGCUAUGAAGAAAACCAUUGUGGACAGGAAUCCUGACAGCCCAGGUUAGGGAUUAUAUACUCCCUGAACAGUUACACACUCCGGCCACCGUCACAAGUGUCUUAACACACACACACACACACACACACACACUCAACAUGGGCAUAUGAUCGCUGUCAUUAUGAUCUGAUAAACUGCAUUCUUAGUUAAGGGAUGGUAAGUAAGCAUUUCACAGUAAGGUCUACACCUGUUGUAUUAGGCAUACGUGACAAAUACAAUUUGAUUUGAUAGGCUCUAAAUCAGCCUUUGAUAACUUUCCUCUUCUCAUUUUCUUCAGGGAAGCUUUGGUGUGCAAAGAAGAACAAGAAGCAGAGGAAGAAAACAAUGCACAACCCCAACAGGAACGUUGGUAAGGCUAGUUCUUUCUCCCAGCUCUUUUUGGUCCAAUCCCAAAUCGACCCCUAGACCCCUAUGCACUUGUGGAGAUUUGAUUGAUAUGAGCAAUAUGAUGAAACUUCCACCUAGCCUAUCAGAGGACAGGGUGGAGCGUACACCUGUCAAGUCCUCUCAGAUAUCCACAACAUAGAGGGGGCAUAGGUCAUAGGGGUUGAUUUGGGAUAUGGCCUCUCUCUCAGUCAAUGUCCCUAUGUACGUUCUAAGACUUGAUAAGCCUGCUGGUUCCUGGGCCAGACUUGGUGUUGGUGUGACAUGUACCCAAGAAUCAUGCCUGUUCUAUCCAUGACAUUUCUAUUGUCAACCUUUAUCCUCAGCUGAAUAUUCAAAUAUAAAUAUGUUAUGUAGAACAGAUACACGUAUCUGAUAUACUGUAGAGUAACACUUCGAUGACAAUUUUCUAUCUGCAACACCUCACCUCCAGUAAACCCCCACCUCUCCACCUACCUCUGUCCCACCCAGACUACUACGCUGAUGAAAUCCUGACCUAUGAGGAGAUGGCGCUUUACCACCAGCCAGCCAAUCGCAAGCGACCUAUCGCCCUGAUUGGUCCGCCCAACAGCGGGCAGAAUGAGCUGCGGCAAAGGCUGCUGUCCAUCGAGCCGGACAGGUUCGCCGGAGCUGUGCCACGUAAGUAGACCAAUGAGAGGAGGGGGUUGGGGGAUAGAGGGCGGGGCAAUACUUGAGAUGGGUCUAGGCUACACAAUUAUUGUGUGAUGUUAAGUUAGUGGCCUGUUAGGUAUGAUUUUCAAUAUAUUUUAUUGUGUCCAUUUUCUAUAAAGUGUUGUGAUUUCAAUGCACUUGAAAUAAAGUUUGAUGGAGUUUCAUAGUUUGGAGCAUUGACAAAUUACCACAGGAAUUCAAUUAGGUAGGGUACACAUUACCAAUACAUACAGCUUAGCUUAUACCAAUUUAUUGUGUAUAUUUUGGUGUUAAACUGUUUAUUAUAAUAGACCAGACAAAAACUAAAUUAUACAUUGUAAUAUACCAAAUUCUAAUUUCACAAUAAAUAUCACUCAGAUACAACGAGAAACCCACGCAUACAUGAGAAGAACGGGAGGGAGUACCACUUUGUGAACCAGCUGGCGUUUGAGGCUGAUGUGGCAGCGGGGAAGUUCAUAGAGUCUGGGGAGUACGAAAGGAACCUGUAUGGCACCAGCAGUGACUCGGUUCGACAGGUCAUCAACUCAGGCAGGAUCUGUCUGCUGUGCCUGCACACUAAGGUAGGAAAAUACAUAUUUAUAAGCACUACAUAGAAGUUCAUAAGCACUACAUACAGUAGAUGCUUCAUCAAUCACGUGUGAGCAAGUCAUUCUACAUAAAGGGUGAUAGGUCCUGCCAAAUGUGGCAUAGACCUUGUGCCACACAUUAUACAGCAUUACAUUUCUAAACAUCUGAACAGGCCUUAUAAAGGGUUUAUGAAGGAUUCAUUAGCCUAUGUUAUGUUAUGUUUAAAGUGGGACUCUUGUUAGCCGCUAGUUGAGAACAUGUUGUGGAGCAAUGGUGUAAAGUACUUAUGUAAAAAUACUUGAAAGUACUACUUAAGUAGUUUUUGGGGGUCUGUACUUUACUUUACUAUUUAUAUUUUUGACUACUUCUACUUUUACUUCACAAAAUUCCUAAAGACAUAAUGUACUUUUUACUCCAUACAUUUUCCCUGACACCUGAAAGUACUUACAUUUUGAAUGCUUAGCAGGACAGGAAGAUGGUCCAAUUCACGCACUUUCUAGAGAACAUCCCUGGUCAUCCAUACUGCCUCUUAUCUGGUGGACUCACUAAACACACAUGCUUCAUUUGUAAAUGAUGUCUGAGUGUUGGAGUGGGCCCCUCCUGGUUUGCUUCAUAUAAGGAAUUUGAAAUGAUGUAUACUUUUACUUUUAAUACUUAAGUAUAUUUUAGCAAUUACAUUUACUUUUGAUACUUAAGUAUAUUUUAAACCAAAUACUUUUAGACUUUUACUAUAAUAUAAUAAUAUAAUAUGCCAUUUAGCAGACGCUUUUAUCCAAAGCGACUUACAGUCAUGCGUGCAUACAUAUUAUUAUUAUUAUUAUUAUUAUUAUUUUUUUUUUUUUACUCAAGUAGUAUUUUACUGGGUGACUUUCACUUUUACUUGAGUCAUUUUCUAUUAAGGUAUCUUUACUAUUACUCAAGUAUGACAUUUGGGUACUUUUUCCACCUCCAUUGUGGAGGAUAUUUCAUAAGCAGGUUUUGAAAGCAUACUAACCAUGCUAUUACUCUCUACUCUAUUAACUGCCUUAUUUUCUAACCUUCUCUCCUCCUCCUGCUGCUGUUCUAAUUUGUUCUGUCUGUCAGUCACUGCGGGUACUGCGGUCCUCCAACCUCAAGCCCUAUGUGAUCUUCAUCGCUCCUCCCUCUCAGGAGCGAUUGCGCAUCCUGCUGGCCAAGGAUGGCAAAAACCCAAAGGUAUUUCCUGUUCUGCUCAUCUCACAAAAAGCUCUUCAUCAGCAUCAGCAAGUACCGUUGAUGAAUUCAGAUCCACAGUGAAUGUGUUACAUUGAUCACAGGUAUCAUAUUGAUCAUAUAUGCCUGUGAGAAACUAUAAUCCCUUUUAUUGGUACAAUGCUUAAACACGGUUAUGAUAAAUUUCUCCUCUGCUAGUAUAGUAAUAGUUUCACCUUGCCAUCUACUGGUCUAGGUGGAAUUUUUGCCACAUUGCUUGUACAUUUGCAAUCUUUUCCGAUAGGAGGUAGAGGCUAGGUGUUGUUUCUGGACAUGACCUACUUCUCUCCCUACCAUCCCUUUCCCCUUGGGAUGGAUAUGCCUAACCCCUGUCCUUCCCUAUUGUGUUUCCCUGCAUCUAGCCAGGAUAUAUGUAACCCCUGUCCUUCCCUCCUGUAUUUCCCUGCAUCUAGCCAGGAUAUCUCUAACCCCUGUCCUUCCCUCCUGUAUUUCCCUGCAUCUAGCCAGGAUAUAUGUAACCCUUGUCCUUCCCUCCUGUAUUUCCCUGCAUCUAGCCAGGAUAUAUGUAACCCCUGUCCUCCCCUGCUGUAUUUCCCUGCAUCUAGCCAGGAUAUAUGUAACCUCUGUCCUUCCCUCCUGUAUUUCCCUGCAUCUAGCCAGGAUAUCUGUAACCCCUGUCUUUCCCUUCCGUGUUUCCCUGCAUCUAGAUUUCUCUAUCCCCUGUUCUUCCUUGCAUCUAGCCAGGAUAUCUGUAACCCUUGCCUUCCCUACUGUGUUUUCUGCAUCUAGCCAGGAUAUCUGUAACUCCUGUCAUUCCCUACUGUGUUUUCCUUCAUCUAGCUAGGAUAUCUGUAACCCUUGCCUUCCCUACUGUGUUUUCUGCAUCUAGCCAGGAUAUAUGUAACCCCUGUCCUUCCCUGCUGUGUUUCCCUGCAUCUAGCCAGGAUAUAUGUAACCUGUCCUUCCUCUGGUCCUGCUCUAGUCAGGAUAUCUUAACCCUGUCCUUCCCUACUGUGUUUCCCUGCAUCUAGUCCAGGAUAUCUGUAACCCCCUGUCCUUCCCUACUGUGUUUCCCUGCAUCUAGCGAGGAUAUCUCUAACCCCUGUCCUUCCCUACUGUGUUUCCCUGUGUCGUGACGUGACUUAUAUUAAUAUGGUGACUGUUAUUUAUCGAAUCAACUAACUAUGUUUAAUUGUCACUUUAUUAAAUUAAUCAUGUAACAAUUAACUCAUUAGGAAUUUGGGGCCCCACGGAAGAAGUUGUUUAAUGAGUUACCAUCUCCCAAAUUAAACUCUUAGAAGAUAUAUGUUAUAUAUCGAUAACAGUCACUUAUUAAAUAAUUACCUCUUAUCAGUCUCAUUCUGAACGUCGCAUAAUCCUUGAACCUGCAAGAACCCUAACCUUAUUGAUGAAUCAGCAAUACACAAAUUGGCUUAAUUAUUUAUUUACUAACUAACUAAAUAAUAACACACACACACAUAGGUUAUUGAUUACUAACGUAAUACAAUGAAAACAGGUCCCUAGUGGACUGGACUAACAAUAGCAUGAAUGCCUGGGUAGAAGGAGGGUUGGCUGAUUCAGAGAGAGGUGGGGAAAGGAAGUGACAAAGGAAUUCACCUAUCAGACAUUUGUAAACUACGCUCACGGAAAUUCAAAUGCUUUGGACCCGCUCAUUCGGAUUAGAAAUGCAACAUGUAUUUACGUGUAGCUGUCCUCGAUAGUUGAGUUGAUGAUGUAAGACUCUGGUUUGCCCACCAGAGAUCCCAAUGUCCUUGGUAGAGUUUCUGGUCGUAGUGGUGGUUAGAAUGGAUACUUCAGCGUACCCUGUAGUUCGUAGAGUUGAUCUGUUAGAAUAGAUACUUCAGAUGUACCAACGGUUGUCAGAGAGGGAUUGUCCUUCCCAACUCGUGUCUUUAGUGAAAGUUCUCUAGACGACUAUACAUGCCAGCUGCAGACUGAAAUGAUAAGGUCUAGUGCGUUGUCUUCUUCUUCACCUCGUGUAGAGGUUGAGAGUUUCAGAGUUUCUCCAUUUCAAACGUAUGGACUACCGUCUCACGUUUUCUGGUCUUUCUGGUCUAACCAUUUUGUAACGUAUAGCUCACGCUUCACGUCUGCUGGUCUGGUAGAAAUUCAACCGUUUGCAACAUCAGGCUUAUACCAUAGUCUGCUUGGUCUAACGAUUUUAAGCCGUGUAGCUUAAGCCGUGUAGCUUCAGCUUGCAUUUAAUUGUUGUAUAAAACGAAUGAUUAAGUAUAAUACUACUUUUGUGAAGAUAACUAUGUUGUGAUGUCAUUAAAGACGGUGGAACAACAUAACUGUAUCUCUGGGGGUGUACACUUUCCAGUUAUGAGGUUUGCAUUUAAUUGUUGUAUAAAACGAAUGAUUAAGUAUAAUACUACUUUUGUGAAGAUAUCACAACAUAGUUAUCUUCACAAAAGUAGUAUUAUACUUAAUCAUUCGUUUUAUACAACAAUUAAAUGCAAACCUCAUAACUGGAAAGUGUACACCCCCAGAGAUACAGUUAUGUUGUUCCACCGUCUUUAAUGACAUCACAACAUAGUAACGAAUUUGACAUGAUUGUUCUUUAAGACCCCACCGACUAUUUCUCCCAUUCUUUGAAGUAGGAAUAUUGUUUCAUUAUCCACAAUAAGAAUUAUUGGCGGGAAGACUUCCUUUGUUCCACAGGGAAAUUCCCUCUCCCAAUACUGCAUGGCACGGAAAAUGUACAACCCGUCAUAAAACUGGCCCCCAGGAAAGGGGGUGUUCAAAACUUUCCUAGCCGGCAUCUUUGAUCCAGAGCUCAUGAGGGCAAGUCAUGACACCUGCAUCUAGCGAGGAUAUCUCUAACCCCUGUCCUUCCCUACUGUGUUUCCCUGCAUCUAGCCAGGAUAUCUGUAACUUCUGGGAUUCCCUACUAUGUUUCCCUGCAUCUAGCCAGGAUAUCUGUAACCCCUGUCCUUCCCUACUGUGUCCCUGCAUCUAGCCAGAGGAGCUGAAGGAGUUGAUCGAGAAGGCCCGGGAGAUGGAGCAGGCCUACGGCCACCUGUUUGACGCGGCCAUUGUUAAUGGCGAGCCAGACACGGCCUUCCACGAGCUCCUGCGGCUCAUCGACAAACUGGACACGGAGCCCCAGUGGGUGCCCUCCUCCUGGCUGUGCUAG